AUGGUGGCCGCAGGGCUCUGGCGGUCGUCUCGAGCAUACCAGGUGUACGCCGCAAAUACAGAUAUCGGGAAGACGGUGGUGUCUGCAGUGCUCUUCAACGCGAUUCCUUCGUACCGGCCAUGGGCCAGCAGUAAGCUUCGGUUCCUGAAGCCAGUCAGCGCUGGGCCGGCGGCAGAGGCUGAUGACAGACAUAUAUCACGAUUCACCAAAGGAGUGACAACGGCGUGUCUGUAUGGCUACGACCGUCCGCUGAGUCCGCAUCUUGCGGCCAAAGAUCAUAAGAUACCACACAACGAAGAACUUCUGGAGAGCAUAAAGUCUACUCUCAACUACUGGGACCAAGAUGGACCCAGUUUUGCGCUGGUAGAGUCAGCCGGCGGCGUCUUGAGUCCCGGACCAAGUGGACUGGUGCAGGCAGAUCUCUACCGUCCGCUACGGCUGCCGGUGAUCCUGAUUGCAGACCACAGGCUUGGGGGCAUUUCAGCGUCAAUAUCAGCCUACGAGUCGCUGUGUCUUCGCGGGUACGAUGUCGAAGGCAUCGUCCUGUUCCAGGACCAGUACUACCAAAACCAUGACUACCUGAAGGACUUCUUUGGCCGGAAGAAGAUCAAGGUAUUCUCUUUGCCUCCUCCGCCUCCGCGAAGGGCCAAACUCGACAGUGAGACAGCUCUGCGUAAGGAUGAAGAGGCAAUGGCGUCUUUCUACGAGAAGGCUGCCAGACACGACGAGGUGUUUGGCCUGAUGGACGAGCUCUCCAGCAAGCAUGCUGAGCGCCUAUCUCGACUGGAGUCGAUGUCUGCAACGGCCAAGGAAGUCAUCUGGUAUCCCUUCACACAGCACCACGGAAUGACACCGAAAGACAUCAGUGUCAUCGACUCAGCGUACGGUGAUUGCUUCCAGACACUCACCUCCGCUGAGAGCUCACCAGCGGAACACGUACUACGGCCGACGUUCGACGGCUCAGCGUCGUGGUGGACUCAGGGCCUGGGGCAUGGAAACCCAGAGCUAGCUCUCACCUCAGCCUAUGCAGCUGGCAGAUAUGGACAUGUCAUGUUUGCAGGGACUAUCCACGAACCAGCUCUCGCCCUGUCAGAACAAGUGCUGAAAACCUCAGGCAACCCACGUCUACAGAAGGUGUUUUUCACCGACAACGGUAGCACCGGGAUGGAGGUUGCACUGAAGAUGGGGCUACGAGUGUCUUGUUCGAGAUACGGAUGGGAUGCAAGCAAAGAAAAUAUAGGUAUCGUCGGGCUCAAGGGCAGCUACCAUGGUGAUACUAUCGGGGUGAUGGACUGCUCAGAGCCUUCUACAUAUAACAAGAAGAUGACAGAUGGCAUCUGGAAAGCUGCUGUUCCACAGACACUGAAGAAAGAGCUAGGAGAGGGCGUAUCUUUCUCGAGCAUCGCUUCUGUCUUUGACUUGGACGCACGCAAGGGAUCCAACAUGGCCUUACGGUAUAAAAAAUACAUCAAGAAGACACUCGAGGAUGUCGUCCAAAGUGGCCAAAAACUAGGCGCACUCAUCAUAGAACCUAUCAUUCUAGGUGCGGGAGGGAUGUUAUUCUGUGACCCCUUAUUCCAGCAAGCUCUCGUUCAAGUAGUGCGAGAAAACCCACAGAUAUUUAGCCAGACUUAUUCGCAACCCUCUACACGGCCUGACUCUGCAGAGUCAUGGUCUGGUCUACCUGUGAUCUUCGAUGAAGUAUUCACAGGCAUGUACCGUCUCGGCCGCCGUACCGCUGCAUCGUUUCUAAACGUUGACCCAGACGUUUCGGUGCACGCAAAGUUACUGACUGGUGGCCUCAUGCCGCUCUGCAUAACACUAGCCAGCAAUGAAAUCUUCGAGGCUUUCGACAGCCCUCACAAGUCAGAUGCACUACUACACGGCCACAGCUACACAGCCCACCCUGUGGGAUGUUCUGUUGCAGUGGCAUCGCUCCAGAAGAUGGAGAGCAUGGAGGAUUCUGGAUAUUGGAAUGAGUAUGUGCAGGAUUGGAAUCGGAUAGCUAUAGCAACCGGCACCCAUAACAAGAAGAGUUCGCCCAUUCCUGAAGUAUGGAGUUGCUGGCCGCAGGCUCUUAUAUCGGAUCUCUCGUAUGCAGAAGGCGUUGAGAGUGUGUUUGCGAUUGGCUCAGUGUUGAGUAUCACGCUGCGAGACCACAACGGUGGAGGAUAUACAUCCAAUGCAGCAAGUGGGUUGCAAAAGAAAUUGACUGCUGGUGAUGGACCGUUUAACAUCCAUUCCCGAGUUCUUGGAAAUGUGCUUUACCUUAUGGCCAGCGUUACUUCGACGCGGCAGGUGCUGGACAAGGUAGAGAGAUUGCUACGAAAGACUCUGGUAGAGGAAAGCAGAGAGUAUGGAGUACAGGAAGAGGUUGCAGUUCAGUAUGCGACGCAAAGGUGUUAA